UGAUGACUUUUAAUGAGAGCAAAGAAGUUCAUCACAUUGAUGAAUGGCCAUGGACUUGAGAUGGCUAUCUCCUACUAGACCAGGGGUUCCCAACCUUUUUUAUACCAUGGACACCUACCAUUAACUGAAGGAUCCAUGGACCCCAGUUUGGGAACCCCCGCAUUGGGCCCUGGCGGCACAAAAGAUUGCAAUUGCCCAAAUCAGUCCAGGUGAAGGCUCUGAAACGUCGACUGUCCAGUUCUCUCCACCGAUGCUAUCUGACCUGCUAAGUUCCUCCAGCACCUUUGCUCUGCUGUGUAUUACCAGAAUUCUGGUACAGGUAUUUUAAUUAACAUUUCAAUUGUCUAAAUGAGUUAUAGUCAAUUAAAAUUUUCCAAAUCUCCCCUUUAAAGCUUACAUUAGAGAAAAAGAGGAAAAUGGAGGAGUGAAGACAAAUUUACUUUGUCUCAUUUGUGUAUUUCUUGCUUAUUCAUCUGCCUUGUGUACGUAAACUCGGGGUUGGCCGAAAGCCUGAAAUCCUGAUUUGGUAGUUUGAAAAGAAUUUAAUGAGAAUGGCAAAAACAUAUUAAUUCUAUGGUUACAGCAUUGAGCUUCUGGAAGUCAUUCAUUCCAAAGCUGCAACCUACUAAGUAAUAAUAGUUCCACCUUUUUUGGGGGCUGCUAGGUAGUGCCCAGAAGAAUGCUCGAGUCUUCAAGCCCAAAUCAUGACCUCUCACAAUCUUUUUUCCCCCCUUAUUUCACGUACUUCAUUCACCAUGCCCACUUUUUAAACCAAUACUUUUCAAUAACUGUCCUUCGGUUCUCAACCUUAUUGCCAGGAGGAACGAUUUCAUUUUCUUUACUGACUCUUUAUGAUUUUGAGCAAAUAUCCUUCGGCCUUCUUUGCAGUAAAGCAAAUCCUGUACAUCCCAGAUCGCCAUAGCACGCUGCAGCACCAUAAAGCACUCGGUUCCUGACAGCAGUUACAGUACGGACUCCAGUGUAUCAGGGGUCCCAGCAGCCACCGCGUAGAAAACGCGCUCUCCGUUAAGCCCUUUUUAAAAAUACUCUUCUCGCGAAUGAAGAAUGUAGGACAUCCUUUGCAGGGUUGUCAACUUUAGCAGUGGUGCCAGAACCAAUUCCUGUAGCAUGUUCCUUAACAAAAAACUUGCGUUUACGCUGGAGCGGUUGGAAAUCCUUUGCACGAAUCAUUAUGAGACGAUGCGAAAUCUGCACAUAAUACAAUUACAAAGUCCUAACAAAACCGUCAGCCCUCCCGUUGAGAAUCCAGACCUCGUUUAAUGCCGCUUUGUGGGGGGGGGGGGGAAGUAAACGCCGAGAAACUACAAUUACCAAGAGGCCUUGGGCGAACGCCAGUAUACGCAUGCGCAAUGCGUCCUGCUCCUUACCCCUCCCCCCGCUGACUCCACCCCUUUGGUUGGGAUCGAUGUGAGGCGUCAGCUGCGGCGAUGAUGAAGAAGCGGAGAUCGGGCAGAGAAGGCGAAGGAGGAGCGGCAGCAAAAACUUGAGCCUUGCAGGGGUCAGGCGUCGCUCGGGUGAGGGAUGGGACCAGCUGCAAAGCUGACACGAAAUCCAAGACCCUAGUCCCGAGAGCGGGCCGCUCGGCCAUUGCAGACAAAGAGCAGUAAAUCCGGCAAAGAGGCGACCUCCCCGGAGAGAGACGGAGGCGUCGCACUGCUCCUCCCAGUGUCCGAUGUCUGCUCGGCGGCUCCGGUCUCCUUGCUCUCCCCUCCAGUAGCAAGUGGGGCGUAAGGAGUGGCUGGCCGGGGUAGUACCAUUACUCAGUGCCUGCAGUGGGGCUGCUGCUUAUAGUUACCAUUUUAGUAACUAUUGUGGGCUGCUAAUUGGUGCCUAUGUUUGCUAGCUAGUAGUGGCUAUCGCAGGGAUGUUUAUUUAUACUUAGGUUUACAGUUUAGUGCCUAUAGCGGAGAAUGCUUACUAACGCCCAGGAAGGUUGCUAGUUGGUAGCUGGUGUUGGGAUGCUCCUCAGUACCCCGAUGGUUUGUUAGUCGCUGCCCGGUAAGAUUGCAAGGAAGUGCCUCUGGUGGGCUGAUAGUUGUGGGGUGCCCAUUGUGAGACUGGCAGUAUCAGGUGGGUGCCAGCUGGUGCUAGCUCUAUUCCCGUUUCUAUUAUGUACACGUUUGUGCUGCGGGAUCGGAACAGCUCAAUCUACGCAGAAGUUGGCAAGGUGCUGAUCUCCACGGGACAAUGGCGGAGACUCAAGAGGGACAAUCCCAGGUUCAACCUGAUGCUGGGGGAGAGAAACAAACUGCCUUUCGGGACCUUGGGUCAUGAACCAGGACUCGCACAGCUUGUGAACUAUUAUCGGGGAGCUGACAAACUCUGCCGCAAGGCAUCAUUAGUCAAGCUCAUCAAGUCAAUUCCAGAACUAAUAGAAUCAUGCACCUGGUUUCCUGAAUCCUAUGUCAUCUAUCCCAUGGGGCUGCAAACCACAGCAAGUCCCACGCAGAAUGGAAUAAAAGCACAAAGAAAUAACGUGAGGACAGAUGAUCGGGAAGCAUUCCAAGCAUCUUACCAGAAGAGGCAAGCGAAUGGAGAAAGGAAUGUGUGGAUAGCCAAAUCUUCUGCUGGAGCCAAAGGUGCCGGAAUUUUGAUUUCUUCUGAUGCCAAUGAAUUAUUGGACUAUAUAGAUAAUCAAGGUCAAGUUCAUGUGAUUCAAAAAUACCUCGAGAGACCAUUACUGCUAGAACCAGGUCACCGCAAAUUUGAUAUAAGAAGCUGGGUUCUUCUUGACCAUCAAUAUAACAUUUACCUCUACAAGGAAGGAGUAUUGCGAACUUCCUCUGAACCAUACAAUAGCACUGAUUUUCAGGAUAAAACUAGUCACCUGACAAAUCACUGUAUUCAGAAAGAAUUCUCCAAGAAUUAUGGGAAAUACGAAGAAGGCAAUGAAAUGUUCUUUGAAGAAUUCAAUCAGUACUUAAUGAAUACUUACAAUGUUACCUUGGAAAACAGUAUUUUACCGCAAAUCAAACAAAUCAUAAGGAGCUGCUUAAUGUGCAUAGAACCUGCAAUUGGCACUAAGCUUCUCCCGUACCACAGCUUUCAGCUGUUUGGAUUUGAUUUUAUGGUUGAUGAAGAUCUCAAAGUCUGGCUGAUUGAAGUGAAUGGAGCUCCAGCCUGUGCCCAGAAGCUCUACGCUGAACUUUGUCAAGGAAUAGUGGACGUAGCCAUUUCCUGUGUCUUUCCGUUGAGCGAUUCAUCACAGAAGCCAAGUCAACAGUCUGUCUUCAUCAAAUUGGGAAGUUAACAGAACCUGUCAUCAUCUAUUAAUUUCAUAGACCAAUGAUAUAUGUAACAGUAUCACCUGAGCAUUUAAAAUCAUGUAGAGAGAUUCCGCCCAUAAACAACAAUAAUCUGGUGCAGAUAUGAUGGAACAACAUUUAGGGAAUUAUGGAAAUUUUAGCUGAGGUUGAUCACUUGUAUGAACCAACAUCUUGUGUGUGCAGCUUUGAGACUCUUGUUGGAAAAUUACAAUCAAGCCCUGAUAGGAGUUCCUAUGCCUAAUAUAUUGUUUUUAAACACCAUGGAAAUAUUACAAGCAUUUGCUCUGUUUAUUAUACACGAUUACCAGGCAUUGCACAGUAGCUAUCUUGACGUAAUCUGCUUAUGGAUUAUAUGAUUACUCUUAUGGACCUUGAGAGGUUUUAUUGAAGUACUCGAUAGUACUUCAGCUUGAAUGCUGCAAUAUUGGCGAGUGAAGUGGAGGCAUCUUUCAUAAUGUCCAUAUUCUACCAAGAUCAUUCAUAAUGUGAUGCAUAGAGAUGGAUGUCACUGUGAUCACACAUGGCCGAAACUAACUCCUUAAUGCACAUCUCACUCUGUGUAUACAGUCGUACUGUUUCAGCAGUUGUAAAUGCCUUGGAACCCACGGAGGACAUCAUGCACUACUAUCAUUCAAAUUAUCUACACUGUGGUGCUUUCUGAAAUGCACCUGAAACGAAAGCAAGGGGCUCUGCUUGUAUUGUUUUUAUUUUGCAAAUACUUGAUCCUCUGAGAGGAGUUGGGAUAGGGUGGGAGUGGAAUUUUAAGCAAGUUUUAUGAAGGGAAAGGAAUGAAAAUCCUUUUCUGCUUUUUGUCUGUGUCCAAGUGUUGCUGUUUGUGUUCAGAACUCUGCAAAAUGAAGUGUACUGCACAAGUUCCAAUUCAUUCUGCUUGCACCCUACAGAAGCAUUUACAAAACUGAUGAAGCUUAAUACGAGAUAAAUUGGUAGCAUGCAUGAAAUGCAUUUGUCAUAAUUUGCAGGUUUUAAUGAUCAUAACAAGAAUGGCCUCUGAAAGUAAUUGGUCUUUUUAGUAAGCUUCUUACGACCUAUUAUUUUCUGUUUAUGGCUUUCUGUUUUGUUUUCUUGCCAAAUUGAACACCUGUGUGUCCAGAUCAUCACUAUAAUUUUAUUAUGUCAUGCCAAAUGCUCGAGUGUGUUUAUAAGUCAGUUAUUAUUUUACUUCAUUAUUUAUGCAUCCACUUCCUGUCUGAGAGUAAAAUUCUGUCCAGUACUGAAGAUGGAGGCACAUUCCUGUCUAAAGUGUUAACCUUCAGCAGGGAAUGAGCUGAUUAUCACUCCAUUGUUAUUAUGGAGUGCCAUUCAAAUUGAGUUUACCCCUGGAAUAUUCCCUAUGGAGUAUAUAAUAUGCACUGUAUACUGUGGACAGGUUCUUGUAACAACAUGUUACAAUUAGUGCAUGUUUUUGGUAUGGUAUCUAACUUCAGAACACAAUCAUGAGGAAUAAACAGAAUAGCCGACACUUCCUUGCAUCUGUGAAUCUCUUGAGUGAUUAUUCGUAAGGUAAUAUUUUGAGAGCCAAGUGCCAAUGGGUUGGUGUACUAAAACUUUAAUGUGGGUUUAAACACAGCAAGCUUGCACAGAAAUUUCAGUAGACAAAUAAGCAACACAACCAAAUGAGGCUUCUAUUCAUCAGGUUGUGAACAAGAUACCAGAGAUUAAAUUGUACCCUGUGCUUAACCUGUUUUCCAAUGG